AUGGCAAAGGUGCAUAUCACCAACGUGGUAGUUUUGGACAAUCCCAGCAGCUUCCUUAACCCAUUUCAAUUUGAGCUGACAUUUGAAUGCAUCGAAGAACUGAAAGAGGAUCUCGAGUGGAAGAUGAUCUACGUCGGUUCGGCCGAAUCGGAAGCAUUCGAUCAAGUGUUAGAUACGAUAUACGUCGGUCCCGUACCGGAAGGUCGGCACAUAUUCGUCUUCCAGGCGGAUCCGCCAAAUGUUAGUCGCAUCCCAGAGCAGGACGCCGUCGGCGUUACAGUGGUACUGCUAACCUGUUCCUACCGUGGCCAGGAGUUUGUGCGCGUUGGUUACUUCAUCAACAAUGAGUACGCCGAUCCGGAACUGCGUGAAAACCCCCCGCCAAAGCCGCUGUUCCACAAGAUGACACGCAACAUACUAGCUACGAAGCCGCGCGUAACUCGCUUCAAGAUCAACUGGGAUGAUGCUCCCUCGAACGGAGUGGCAGGCGGUCCGUCGAACGGCAUGAUGGACGGAGAAGAGGUGCCAGCUGACGAAAUGGCCCCGAACGGAGAAAACGACGAUCACAGAAUGGAUGCCGGUUCGGACAGCGGUUCGCAGAAUCCUUCCGAUUUGGUGCACGACGAAAACAGCAUCGCAAUGCCUGCCACGGAAAUGCCCGAAUUUAACGAAAACUCUAACUCGCUGGCGAUGGAAUGCUGAGCGUGGAAAGACACUCGACAAGAGUGGGGGGGCGUAAAGUAGACGGGAUAUACACAUUAACCACUGGCGGCGGUGUGCAUGGAAUAAUAUGUUUCUCCCCAAAUCUUUUUAAGCUAAGGUUAACCGUUGUUAGCGUAUAUAAAUAUCAUAUAUUUGAUUUUUUCGACUGUUUGUUCACCGAUCUCCAAAUGAAUGACGGUGCAAAUAAGGGAUACGUUCUAAGUUUCUUGCGCAAAUUCUUUUUUCAUAUCAACAUGCGAUUAGUUUCGUACGUACACACUUUUCUGCCCUUUAGUUUUGCUAAUAUUUGCUGUCCCAGCUAUUACUUCGUUUCUGAAAUCGUUGUAACAUAGCAACUGUUAUAAAAAGCCGCUGCAUAGCAGGCUAGGUGCGAAUUUCCCUCAGCUCAGCUGACACGUGAGACGAGGAGAAAUAGCUCUAAGGGCAUUCGAGGUCAUGUAAAUAAAGAACCAAAUUAAAAAAAAUCUAGUUAGCCUUUAAAUAGCGGCGCUGAAACACACGAAAGUAGAAUAAAAUAAGAAUUUUCUAAUACCGAGGCUUAUGAAACCAUUAUUACUUGGU